UUAAAAUGUUAGUUUUCAUUAAACCUAACGGAUCCUUCCGGUAUUGGAGUUGCACACGAAAAACUUGGACAAUGAAGUUGCUAACACAUAACAUGCUUACGUCUAAUAUUAUUAAAGGGGUUUCCAAAGGGUAUCCCCUAGGAAUAGUGGCCAGUAAAGUCGAAGUAAAGGAAGAAGAUUUCAACCCAGAAUUUAUAUCUCGCAUGAUCCCCAAAAUAGAUUGGCCUGCAUUAGCCAAAGCUGCUGUUGAUGUUGGUCAUAACAAUGAUUUGCCAUCAGAGGUAGUUUCAGAUUUUGAAAAAAAUGAAGAUUUUCUUAAAAAGGCUCACCAUGUUUUAAUGCAGGUUGAAGUUAUUGAGGGAAACCUCGUGUGUCCAGAGACUGGGAGAAAGUUUCCCAUCAGUAAUGGAAUACCAAACAUGCUGUUGAAUGAAGACGAAGUUUGACUGGGUUUAUCUCCAACAAGUGAUGUUUUAUUCAGGCAAAACAAACACAGCAAAUUUGGAACAUUUGGCCUCAUGCACAACUUAACUGAUUUUAGACAGCAUUACCUUUACUAUAGACACCAAGCUGACAAAUACAGGGUAUAUGUGAGGUUUACCACUCUUGUGGCAAAGUGAUGUUUGUGAAAAGAAAGACAAUCCUGCUGGAAGAUGUUGCAGUCUUUUGGUGAUAUGUCUUGCAGAGCAGUGCA